GAAAUGUGAGUCAAAAAAUUUUCCGCCGCGCAGUUCAGCAAUGUAAAUAAAAACACAGCUGUUUUGGAGAAAAAAGUACAAUGACCAACUCUACUGAUUCCCUAAAUCUCUCUGAAGGAAUUUUGAAAGGACUCCAGUGCCUAAACCAAUUGCAGGAUAAUGAAACAGUUCAGAAACUCAUUGAAAACACCAUCCGGAAGGCUAUAGGUGAUGCUUCUGGAUUUAAAUCUCAGUUAGUCCCUGGAGAUACGAUAAAUCAAGCAGAGUACGCUCUAGUAAGUCUAGUUGUACUUUCGGCAAAACACAAUCUCUCCAGCAACGAAUUAAAAUAUCUACUGAGUCUUCAGAAGCUCGGAGAUUCAGUAUCUGAUAAAAUUUGCCGGGAAUAUGAGGUAUCGCUGCCAGAACUUAAGGCAAAACUCUCAACGUAUGGUCAUACUGAACCCUUUAUUACCGAUGUUAAUUGGAAAAUGUCCUGCAACAUUCAAUCAUCCUCUGUUAACUCUAACGCAGAAUUAAUGUACAAUAUUUCAAUGGAAGGUAUGGAUUACACUUCCGGAGGUUCAAGAUCAAUUACCAAUUUCACAUGCAACACUGAAGAAUUGCAGUCUCUUAUUGCAAAGCUGAAGGACAUUGAAAAGCAUUGUGAAAAAAUUGGCAAUGAAAAAUAAAUCAUUCCAUUUUGA